UGCUUCGCACUGCGUCUCUCGUCCAGGAACCAGUUUCUCCGUCCCACGUCAUUCGCGCUAAGCAACCGCCCGACAACCGCGGCCUAGUCCGUGCUCUCCAUUCUGCCGAAGCUCGCAACACGCGAACUGCUCUCCAACCUCAUCGACUUUUCCCGCGACUGCCAUUGCGCACCACCCCGACGUCCACUCUUCCUGCCACGACCACAGACGUAGCGUCUCCUUGCGCUCCGCUUACCCAAUCACAAAAUGGCCCCUCUCGCAGAUUCGGCGGUCUCUGACCUCCAGAGCACCGUCUCCCGGCUGGAGAAGCGCAUUGCAGAGCUCGAGACCAGGCUGCAGGGCCAGGUCGGCAUCUCAGACCAAUCCCAGGAGAGCGUCAGGAUGAUUUUGAUUGGGCCGCCCGGUGCCGGCAAGGGCACACAAGCGCCGCGCAUCAAGGACAAGUUCUGCGCAUGCCAUUUGGCUACUGGAGACAUGCUCCGCGCACAGGUUGCCGCGAAGACAGCGCUCGGUCGCGAGGCUAAGAAGAUCAUGGAUGCCGGAGGCCUUGUCAGCGAUGAGAUCAUGAUCAACAUGAUCAAGACUGAGCUCGAGACCAACCAGGAGUGCAAGAACGGUUUCAUUCUUGACGGUUUCCCACGAACAGUCGUCCAGGCCGAGAAGCUCGACGGCAUGCUUACAAACACCAAGAAGCCUCUGCAGCACGCUGUUGAGCUCCAGAUCGACGACUCGCUGCUCGUCGCGCGUAUCACUGGCCGUCUCGUCCACCCCGCGUCUGGCCGCUCGUACCACAAGAUCUUCAACCCUCCUAAGAGUGAUAUGACCGACGACGUCACCGGCGAGCCGCUUGUCCAGCGCUCCGACGACAACGCCGAGGCCCUUAAGAAGCGCCUGGUAACAUAUCACACCCAGACCGCGCCUGUUGUCGGAUACUACCAGAAGACCGGCAUCUGGAAGCCCAUCGACGCGAGCCAAGAGCCCGGCCAGGUCUGGAAGAGCCUGCUCAAGGUCUUUGACAACAAGGCCUACGUCGCUGGCCAGACCGGCAGCUUGUUGAACAAGAUUGGCCUCAAGAACUAGAUUGUCCGAGGUGCAAAGGAGUGACCACGAGCAGCGCGAAUGUGACAUGGCGUUUGCGGAUUGUGCUGGAGCAGUGGAAAAGUCGACCUCCAUACGCUUUAGCAUGGUGAAUGCACAUAGUGGAGUGGGACUGCAAAGGUCUCUGUACUUGUAAGGAUCGGUCGUUUGGAUCUACUCG